AUGCCCAGAUCCUAUUCAAAGUUGACAAUUAAGAUUGAUGAGCUUUUAGAAAAAGAUAGCGCUCGCCUGUUUGCAGUUAUCAAGACCCAUGCCGUCAAUAUAAAACAACUAACCCUGGCCCCAACCCGCAAGGACUUUGUCAAAUUACAGCACGAGGAUGCCGAAAUUGUUGUGAAGAAGCCUUCCGCUUUACGAGCGCAUUUGGAUGCAAUCCCAUUUCUGGAAGUGGUUCUUGUCGAGGUCUACUGGCAAAACUCGCGGCAGAUUCUGCUUGACCCUAUUGAGAAUUACGGGAUGAAGGUGAAGAUGGUGAAAAAGCCGUUUGGCGCUUGA